AUGGCCAUCGACCCCAGCCGACAGUCUCCCCGCGUUCCUCCGGAGAUCUCAGACGAGAUUAUAAGACACCUCGAUCCAGACACCAGUAGAAAGACACUUCUCCAGUGCACCCUCGUUUCCCACACCUGGCAAGCAGCCAGCAAAUACGCCCUCUGUGCCGAACCAGGGUUCCUUACCCUCGAGAAGGCCUACAUCUUCGUCACACAGUUCUUUCCGACUAUUCCUCCAACUUUACCACCACCAGGUCUCUUUGCCAGUAUCCGUAAGGAAGCUCUUCGCAAACUGAUGAUGGUCGUCAACCGCCUCGCCGUCCGCGUUUCGUCCGAUCUUCUCGACCUGCCCUCCAUAUUCAACCUACCACAAGCUGAAUAUCUCAAAAUCGCGUCCAGGGAGGGUGAAACAGAGAAUCUGCUCGAUGCCGCGCGGCGACUCGUGCAAGGGAGUAGUCCUCGUCUGCAAGAUAUCCACUUCUACUUUCGCGUGGAGGCCCUCACCAGCGCGCCACCCGCGGCCCUCAGGGAACUUAGCGAGCUCACAUCGCGCGCCCCGUUUUCGGAUAUGAAUACAGUAACCUUCUUUCUGUCCAUGGACUACGGCUGGGAUCACGGGAAGGACGACUUGGCGCGGUCCGCCGCGGUAAACGCGACGGGCACGCGCGUGGUGGAGAUUUUGACAGGCGCUUUGCCUGACUUCGUGAAGAAGACCCAAGUGACGGUGGAGCUCUUCCGCGUCCCGGGACACGCACCUCCCCCAACACACCGUUUCAGCGCCCCGCUCUUCUCAGCCGCCGACCACGUUCCUGCCCCCUACCUCAAUGCAAAAGACGUCUAUUCGAAGUUCAUGAACGUCCCUACCCCACGUCCGCCGGCACCUGUCGUCUCCGGCCCGCACCUAGAACGCACCCUUGGGGACCUCGCGUGA